AUGAACACCCUCCGCGGCCUGCGGCCAAUGGCCUCCCGUUUCCAGCCGAGCACGCUCCCCCGCGUAGCCGGCGCCAGCGCCCGUUCAUUCUCGGCCACGGCCACCCGCAGCUACGAGUACAUUCAAGUCUCGGAACCGCGCCCAGGUGUAGGCCAAGUAACCCUCAACCGCCCCAAAGCCCUCAACGCCCUCAGCACCCCCCUCAUAACCGAGCUCAACACGGCCCUCCGCACCUUCCAAUCCAGCCCCUCCAUCUCCGCCAUCGUCCUGACCGGUUCCGAACGCGCCUUCGCCGCAGGCGCCGACAUCAAAGAAAUGGCCCCGCUCACCUUCAGCCAGGCCUACACCACCUCCUUCAUCGAGUCCUGGUCGGAUCUCACCACGGCGCUGAAGAAGCCGUUGAUUGCCGCCGUGUCGGGCCAUGCGUUGGGCGGUGGCUGUGAACUGGCGUUGAUGGCUGAUAUCCUGUACUGCACGCGAACCGCGAAUUUCGGUCAGCCGGAGAUUAAGCUUGGGACGAUCCCCGGGGCGGGGGGGAGUCAGAGACUAACGCGGGCGGUGGGGAAGGCGAAGGCGAUGGAGUUGGUGUUGACGGGGAAGUCGUUUAGCGGGGAGGAGGCGGAGAAGUGGGGGGUGGCGGCGAGGGUGUUUGAGGGGUAUGGGGAGUUGAUGGAGGGGGCGUUGGGGACGGCGGAGACGAUUGCCGGGUAUUCGAGGGUGGCGGUGCAGGCGGCGAAGGAGGUGGUGAAUCGGAGUCAGGAGUUGGGGUUGAGGGAUGGGGUGGAGUACGAGAGGAGGGUGUUUCAUGGGUUGUUUGGGAGUCGCGAUCAGAAGAUUGGGAUGGAGGCUUUUGCGGGGAAGAAGAAGGCUGAGUGGAGUCAUGAAUAG